AGCUAGCUUAUACGGCCGGUAGAGUUUGGAGACCGCUGCAUACAACUGGAACAUCACCAACAUACUUAUACAGUAGGGCCUCUAUAUCUACACACAGAAACGGGUACUGACAGUGCAGUAGUCUGAGGUGUUGUGAGUAAUGGCAUCGGCCUGUACCAGAAGACCACAUCUCAAUUAAAACAAGUAAGAGUUUUAAAAAAUGGCCAUGGCGAUGUCUGACCCGGCCAGCCCGUCACCACCGGCAGUCACCGGGACGCAGUCCCGCCCCUCCACGGCGGCUGACUCCGCCAUCUCCGAGACGUUUGACGACCAGGACGGCACCCUGUGUUACGGGGACGAGCGCCAGGCCCUGACGGACUACACCAAGUUUUUCAACAACCCCUCCAUGAGUGACGUCAAGUUGCGGGUGGGGGACAUCACGUACAACGCUCACAAGAUGGUCCUCAUCAGGUCUAGUGACGUCUUCGAUAGGAUGUUGAGUGGCGAGUGGUCGGACUCCGCAAGAAAGGCCGAGGCCGAAGACAUGUCUCUCGGGUCCUCCGCCACGUCCAGUGACGCAGAGACCCUCAAACCCACCGCCUCCGACCUGGACGCGGACGAAGAGAUCGCUGCUAUUCUAUCCAUGGCGCCAGGGGGCGUCCUGCUACAGGACAUUCAAACGGGAGACGUCGAUAGCCCAGAAAAGGUUCCGUUCGCAGUUCUACCUGUGUUUGAAGCUGACGACAGCUACCAGGACACCUCCCUGUCCUCGAUAGUGGACGAGCGGGGGUACACCUGUCUCUACCAGUCCGAUGCGGAGGGUGGGGUUACGGAAGGGGCGGUGGGUGGCUGUGUUGAAGGCGGGAAAGAUGUCAGAAAGAUAUAUCAGUCUAUUGAAGAGUCCAACUCGCAGGUGUUCUAUGAUUGCCAAGAUGAAGUUAGUGUGGUUGACAGCACGGCGGACAUUCCUAGACAGCGGUCUGAGAGGGGCCGGGCGGACGGGGCGCCUCCGGUACCCGAGCGGAGAUCACGGCCGGUUAGAACAGCCAAGCCGGCCGAUGGGCCCUCCCUAGCCGUGCCAACAGUCAAAACCGGCCCUGGAGGAAUUUUCUUCAGCGAGGACAAGAAAGCCCUGGAGGAGCUGUGCUUUUCGUGCAACAGUUCGGACUAUUCGGACGACGACUUCUCGGAAUGUUCGUUCGACAGUGCCAUAGCGUCGUCCUCAACGUUUAUCUUCGACGAAAAGAACCAGGAAGUGGAGUUGAUCGAGCCUUACGAGUGUAUCGAGGUUUUCCCGCGGUUCCUGAAGUUCCUGUACGGGUGUCACGUCGUGCUGAACCGGGAGAACAGCCUGCCCGUCCUGGUGCUGGCCGACAAGUACAACGUGGCGGACCUGAGGCAGGUCUGCAUCAGGCACGCCGUCAAGCAGAUCAUUCCCAAACUGCAGCUCAAAGAGGUGUUCCACGUGUGGUUCCAAUACGCCACCAAAUGCUACCACAAGCCUCUGAUCGGCGCAUGCGUGCAGGCCCUGGCGGGGCGGAUGGAUGACAUCAUGUCGUCUGACGAGUGGGAGCAGGAGUGGACCAAUCUGGACCAGGAACAGCUGGUGGAGUUCCUCUGUAGCUCCGACCUAAGGAUAAAGGACGAGUUUGAGCUGUUCCGUGCGGUAGAACGCUGGCUGAACGCGCCCGGCCACCCCGAGCGGCGGGAGAACCUGGAGGUGCGGCUGAAGGUGCUGCUGCAGUACAUCCGCUUCCCGAUGAUGGCGCCCGAGCAGCUGUGCGAGGUGGAGACCAGCAAACUGGUGCACAAGUUCCCGCAUCUCUUUGUCACCCUGCUGCUACAGGCCUACAAGUUCCACUGCCUGCCCCUGACCGGCCGAGCAGCCAAUAAGGACUUCCGUACGUCCAACUACCUCCUGAGGAACUACACCGCGCUGGGGUGGAACCACCGUGUAGUCAUCAGGGGCUUCCACGAACUGGCCAAGAACUGUGAGCUCACCUCCCGCUUCCAGACACGGGCAUCAGCCUACCCCCAGACUGUGUGGGAUUGGGAGUUGAAGAUUUUCCCCAAAGGCGCCACCAACUUCGACGAAUUCCGCGCGGUACUGCAGGCAAACCUGAUCCUGGACCAGUGUCGUCCCAUCGAGUUCUACAUCAGCCUGGUAGACAACGACCAAAUUCUUCGUGCAGUCGCCGGCAGAAAAAACUUCACCAAGUCCCGCUACACGGCGGACACGGAGAUAGAGAAGGCGGUGUCGCUGGGCGAGCUGAACGCACCGGAUUCCGAGCUGCUGUGCGGGGCGAACGUCAUCCUACAGAUCAUGAUCAGACCUGUACAGUAAUUAGAAGCCGGAAAGCCAUCGACGUAUCAAUAAGGCCAUGCUGAUUUGAUUAUAUGGAUGACAUCUCCGAAACUGAUGCGAGCGUGCGAGAAAAAGAAAACUGCACAUUUGCCUUCAAUAUGAAAUCUAAGUGGCGCAGAUAAGGCCAUGAUUAUAUGGAUGACAUCCAUUUUUGGCCAUUUCCAACAACAAAAAAAAGAGUUUUCAACCAUACUGUAAAUCGUAC